GUCAUAGUGGCCAUUGUUGCAGUACUUAUCUUUAUUACUGGCUUGUAUGGCAAUAUUGUAUUGAUUCGAUCGACGAUCGAUCAUACACAGAAAAAAGUUCGUAAAACUAUGAAUAUUUUCUUAAUGACUUUGGCUCUUUAUGAUAUCCUCAUCAUUACUAUAACUAUGCCAGUAACUUUAGUAGAAGAUUUAUUAUUAUGGUGGCCUUUUGGUCGAGUAUUAUGCUAUAUUCUGUAUUACAUGCCUACCAUUUUUGCCUCCGGAUCUGUCUUUACCAUCGUCACAAUUGCAGCUGAACGCUAUCGUGCGGUAGUCUAUCCCAUGAAGCCAAAGUUAUCGACCGCAAGGGCUGCCCUAAUUAGCAUUGGUAUUUUUUUAAUAGCCAUUGCUGUUACUGUUCCUAACAUGGUAUUUGCAAUUUACGACGAUAAAACAUUUCCGAAUCAUCCUCAAUGUAGUCAUCAUUUCUUACCUGAUCCUAUCUUAGGAAAUAAAAUUUACGUAAUAUUCGUUUUUGGCUGCUUAUUUUGGUUACCAUUAAUGUUCACUGGUGGCUUAUACAUUUUAAUUAUGUAUCACUUACAAGUCCAUCGACAUAAAACAAUCUUAACUAUCAACGGGCGUAUGACCACUGAAACAAAUCGUCGGGUCGUUACUAUGCUAUUGAUUAUUUUAUUGGUUUUCGUCCUUAGCUGGUUACCCCUGCAUAUUUGCUUUUUCUUGGCAAUAUUUGGGCCGCUUAAUCCCUUAACGAAAGACUUUCGUUUAGCGUUAACUAUUUGCCAUAUUAUUUCUUAUUUAAACUGCGCAAUUAAUCCUAUCGUGUAUGUUAGCUUU